AUGAAAAGUCCUAUUUCAAACCCCAUUUUAUUGCUUCUUCUCUCACUUCCAACACUUUUCCAAACCGCCUUCGAUUUGGACAUUAUCCAACGCUCCUGCAAAUCAGCUGCAAAAACAGACCCAUACGUCGAUUACAAACUCUGCGUCCAAACCCUCAGAGCCAAUCCCAAUUCCAAAGCCGCAACGUUCAAGGAGUUGGUUCUGAUUUCGAUAACCCAAUCGAAGGCCAAUGCCACAGAGAUUGGGUCUGAGAUUUCAGAGCUUCUGAAAGGCAGUGAGAAAUGGGGGAAGGGGAAGUAUUCGUUGGGGUGUUUGAAGGGCUGUUUGGAGCUUUAUACAGAGGCUGUUUCCGGGUUGGAAUUGGCUUUGGGAGCUGUGAAAAUGGGGGAUAAUGAAACGGCGAAUAUCAAGGUGAGUGCGGCCAUGGAUGCAGCAUUGAGCUGUGAAGAUGGGUAUAAGGAGAAAGAUGGGGAGGUUUCUCCUUUGACGGAAAUUAAUUGUGGGUUCUUUCAGUUGAAUGCUAUUUCUCUUGCUUUUAUCAAUAUGGCUCAAUGAUUCUAUGGAUGGCUUCAUGGAGGAAUAGGAAGAGAAAUUUCCUGUGUUUUGAGGGGGUUUCUAGCAAAUUAUGGUAUUUUGUUUUGUUGGAGUGUUGAAGUUUUUAGUGGUAUCUUCUUCCUUAUUUGGAGCAAUAAAUAUUUGACAU